AUGGCCCCACCACCACCACCACAUUCUUUUCCCUCCAAAAUUUCAGCCGGCGCCGCCAUGAACUCCGGCAAGAGAAAGAUGACGGACGUUGUCGGCGGGGCUGCCGACCAAACGCCGGCAAAUAACCAACUCCAUUUCUUUAGCAGUCUCCCGAGCGGCCUCCACUUUGCACCUCCGAGCGGCCCUCCGGCCGACGGCGGCCGCCAGUCGCAGGUGCAGCAGAUACUCAACGCCGCCGCCGCUCGGCCACGCAAACCAUUCUCCUUUACAUCCCUGCUGAUGGCCGACGAUGAUGAUGACGUGGACCCCCUCGCAGCGGAUAUCAGAAGCCAGAGGGAACAAGUCAAUCAAAUCAUCUCGCUCCACACGGAUAUUCUCAAGCAGGCCCUCGGAGGCCAGCUGGAGAAAAACAACUGGGCCAUCAAGCGGGCCGCGGACCAGCGGGCCCAACAAAAGCUCAAACAGAAAGAAACCGAGCUGCAAAUACGGUCCGCCCAGAACACAGAGCUAGCCAAGGAGGCCGAGCACUACAGAAAGGAAGCCGAGGGGUUGCAGGACAAGGUGGACCGCCUGAAGCAGGCUGCCGAGUCUCUCAAGACGUGGCUCGACAAGGACCACUGGGCCCACCAGUAUGGGGAAACGGACUCGUCCUCGUCAAACGAGGAGCCCAACAAUGUGGCCCGGCCCAUCCGACUCGACUGCAGGGCCUGCAGCCGACAGCUGGCCACGGUGAUGAUGUGGCCGUGCCGCCACGUGUGCAUCUGCUCGAGCUGCGAGGGAGCCUUUCGGACGUGCCCUGUUUGCCGGACGCUGAAGAAGAUGAGCAUUGAGGUCAUUUUUCCUCUAGACUGA